AUGUUGCCGCAACCUCACUAUUUCCAAACUAAGCAUAUCAUCGAGUUUCAAGGGAUGAAUACUUUUUUUCACUAUCUCUCUAACAGAACUAUUGUGCCCGGCACCACCUUAGCGGUUACCCCCUACGAUUUCUUUACACAGGGGUUUAAUUCGGAAAUAAUCCCCACGACCUCCCCCCUCAUCACCCCAGUACAAAGUCAGACUGCAAAUUUGCAAAUACCAAGUGAUAGAAUCAUGGAGGCCCUAGGUAGCACAUGGAACCACGGAAACUUUGUUCUAUUACGAGACACAAUUAAUGGCGCGAAAUCCCGAUUAUGGGCAGGUGUCAAUUCCACUUCUGACGACAAAAUGAAUGAUGCUGUGCGUAAUAAGCCUGGUACAGCUCUCAGCUACAUCCGAAGAGUAAUUGCUGUUACACACUACUUAAACUCCCCUAUUCUCGUUAUGAUCGAAGAUGUUUGGCAGGCCCCCGGACCUAAUAGGGAUCUCUAUUUGUCCGAUUCAUGGGAGGCAUUUAUUUCUUACCAGAUGCCGAAAAUCGUUGAGAGGGCUAAUAAAUUUGCGGACGACUGGCUCAGGGAACUAGAAAGAGUAUACAACGCGCGGCCAGCUAACGAUCCUGACAAGGCAUUGGUGUUGCAGAACGUUCGAACUUUAGAUGUCUAUCGUGUGGAAAUGGUGGCAACUGGGCUUCAUGUCGCGGGAUAUCCAUGA